UAUUUCUUCUGUGGGCUUUGGAUCAGACCCUGUGCCACUUCCUGGGCUAGGUCAAUCUGUGCAUUUUGCCUUGCAAACUCUUGGGAUUCCUGUUAGAGUGUGCAACAUCAGUGUUAGAGAACAAUGGAAAUCCCAUUGCAAGGAGCUCAGUAGAAUUUGCUUUCUUUCUCCGCUCUUUCUCCCUUCUUUUACCCUCUUGCUUGCACUCCAUUUUGUCUUUGUCUUGUUUGCAGUCUAAUUCACCCUUGCUGGUUUUGUGACCAUAUACCAAUUUCAUUCACCUUUCCCUUCUGAAGGAAAGUCAGAGUUUUCCGAAUGCUCAGUAGAAUGGAGAGCAGUUCCUCGCUUGUGAUGUUUCUCCUAUUAAUGUGCUCUGUCAACAGCAGCUGUCCGUAUUCAGUGUUCAUGACAAGAGACAAAGCACAUGAGGUGCUGAAAGUCCAGAAGCGUGCUAACUAUUUUCUGGAAGAGAUUCGUCCAGGGAACUUGGAGAGAGAAUGCAAUGAGGAAAAGUGUUCAUUUGAGGAGGCUAAGGAAAUCUUCCAUUCACAGGAGAAAACGAUGGAGUUUUGGUUCAAUUACAAAGGUUUAAAUCCAUGUAGUACAAAUCCCUGUAAAAAUGGUGGAGUCUGCAAAAUAAGACACUACAAUUACUUUUGCAUCUGCCCCCCAAAAUUUGGAGGAGACAACUGUGAAGAAGAAAAGUUCGAGUGCUGGUAUAAGAACGGUGGGUGCUGGCAGUACUGCAGGGACAGCAGUCACUCCUUUCAUGUGGAAUGCUCCUGCACAAAGGACUACACCCUGCACGAGGAUGGGAAGAGGUGCGUGCAAGCAGGACCCUUUCCAUGUGGCCUGAUUAAAGCCAGGCGUGCCGUGCGAGAGGAGCCUCUGGGGCAAACAAGGAUCCCAAGGGAGCUGAGGAACGAUGUGGCCACGUGGAAUGAGAGCAUGGCAGGAACAGUCAAGCUCUCUGAGAUGGAGCUAAGCACUGUCAGGGAAAAUGAAACAUUAAAGGCUGCUUCUGAGCAAAGCACAAUCAUGGAGGAGGCUGCUGGACCAAAGGAGGUGGGAGUAGAUGCUUCCAGCUGCACCGAGAUGCCGGUGGACUCUGGCACCCAGAAGCAGCUGCGGCAGGAGGGGGCUACCCCUGAGCACGCAGCCACGGAGGGGACAGCCAGGCCUGGGCUGCGGUGGAGUGAGCCACCCCAGGGCCCUGCACAGCACAACGAGACCACAGCAGCUGCUGCCAGGCAGGAAGAAACAGUGGAAAAUGCUUCUGGGCAGAACCAAACAGGGCAGAGCAUGUGCCAAAACGAAACCGGGGCAAUUCAAACCAUGUGCGAUGGGCUUAACGAGAGCAGUGACACCACAAACGCUUCAGGCAUGGCUCAGCACAACCAGCCAAACAUCAGCUCUACCUCAGAGCACAACGGCUCCAGGAUAACCGGAGGAACGUUGUGUCAUCGUGGACAUUGCCCCUGGCAGGUUUUGAUCCGAAAUAGCGGAGGAAACAGUUUUUGUGGAGGGAGCUUAAUCAACAGCCGCUGGGUGGUCACAGCUGCUCACUGCCUCGAUCUCGUUAGGCCACACCAUGUUACCGUGGGUGAUUUUGACAAGUAUCGCAGAGAACUGAAUGAACAGAAGAUUGGCGUGGAACGGAGCUGGACACACCCACAUUACGAUUCAAAUAACUACAAUGGUGACAUAGCCUUGCUGUACUUGAGCAGUGACGUUGUUUUUAACGAGUAUGUACUUCCCAUCUGCCUUCCCAACCCUAACCUGGCAGCUCUGCUGUCUGAGGAAGGCACAGUAGGGAUGGUAAGCGGAUGGGGUGCCACUCAUGACAGGGGUUCAACUCUGCGCUUCCUCAUGAAAGUCAGGCUGCCCAUUGUAAACAUGGACACGUGUCAGCAGGUGAUGGACAGAAUCAUUACUGAUAACAUGUUCUGUGCAGGCUAUGCCACUGAAGCUGCAGAUGCCUGCAAGGGCGAUAGUGGUGGCCCUUUUGCAGUACCUUACCACAACACUUGGUUUCUUUUAGGCAUUGUAAGCUGGGGUGAGGGCUGUGCUGAAAAAGGAAAGUAUGGUGUGUAUACAAGAGUAUCCAAUUACAUUACAUGGAUUAAAGAGACUGUUGACAGUGUAGCAGAUUCAGAAAAGUUUUCCAUUAACUUUUCUUAAUAGCAUCUUUAAAAAGUGUUUUUUUAUUACAGCGUUUGAGACACUAUUCAGGUCCUGUCCUUAAUGAACAAUUAAGAACAAACAAUUUAACAAACUAUGGUAAACAGAGACUCAAGUAUUACUAAGCAAAAUACUUAUGUAUAAUAAAGAAUUGAUCCUUUAAGUACAAAGGAGACAAGUGCAACUUUUUCUCUAUGUAAAGUUCCUGUUAGGAAGGUUUGGGUUUGUUUGGUUGUACUUUUGUUGUUGUUACCUGGUUGUGUUUGUUUUUUAGAGAAAGAUAAACUUUCUGCUUCUCAAGAAUACAUUCACAUCACAAAAGCAAGCCACGGUUCCUGUAUGUGAAUUAGUCACUUUAAAAAUGACAUGCUUUUCUAGUAGUGUUUGUUCUAUGGUUAUCAAACACCAUGCUGGAUACAGUGGUUCAGGAUCAAUGAAGUUUCAUCAUGUGUGCAACUGUUACUUCAAAUACAAUUCAUUUUACUAAAAUACAAAUGCUUUCUGAUACAAAAACUUUUGAACAGAAUCUUGUAUUACAAAGUGCACUGGAUAAAAUCUAGGAGAGAGAGAGCUCACCUGGCCACCUGGCUGCAGCUAAACAAACAGAAGAAUUACAUGGUAGAGUUCUGAAAGAAAAUUGUUACUUUAAUGGGGUGAGAGGAAGAAGGAACUGCUGCAGCUGGUGAGGAAAGGUGUGCAGAUGGGGGUGUGUGCCUCACCCAACCAGCUCUGGGCAGAGUACUACAGAAGUGGAACCACAGAACACGGAGCUGCAGGAGCAGCAGACAAACAGAGCUGUCCAUUUUCAUACCUUUUUUCUAAGGGAAAAAAAAAUCUUUAUUCUAAAGACUCCCUCACCCCCUACACAGUGAUGUUAUUUAGCUCACACAGUACAUGUUGAAAAUCAGCCCUUCAAAGAUGAAGAAUGUGAACAAGCUUGACUGGGGAGAGAAAAAGAAAUCAAAAAAAACAACCCACACAUAUAAACAUCUUCCUUUCAUGAUAGAAAAUUUUAACUAUGUGCACCUAGCCAUUCCUCUAAGAAGCUACUUCUCCACAUACCAUUAGAAGCGCCACAUGCUUCAAACAAGUGCUCAAUGACAAAGAUGCAGACGAAACAAAAUACCCGUGGGCCAGAGUAAGAUCCCCCCCAGCUAGUUACCUGCUUUGCGU